AUGUGUCACGAUUAUUAUCACGGAUUUGACGAUUUCCGAGCAGAAUAUGAAGUUAAAUACGGGAAACGCCCAUUCGAAGGAUCAGUCUUGAACUACAGAUGGGGAGUUGGCAAAGAGGUUACUCUCGAAGAGUACAACGCAUACCGUGAAGAACUGAAAGUCUUUCGGGCAUGGUUCUCUGACACCAUGUUCUCUCAAGAUCCCGACACCAUGUCCGAAGCAAUCAUGAUUAUGCCAUAUGGGUCUGCCAAUCCAAAAUAUCGGGACGUUGCUAAUGAGUCGGUCUAUCGAUUCCAUAUUUUGUAA